UUGCAAAUUUAAGAAAGCGGAAAAAAAUUGCAGAAACAAAGAAAAAAAAAUAAUUUUUUUUCUGCAGAUUAAAAAUAGAAAAUGCUAUAUAUAGAAGUUGGCUGAAGAAUUUUUGACAAAAUAUUGAAAAUUUUAACAAUAUUUUCUCAUAAUUGAAAUUAAUUUUCAUCAACCCUUUAUCUGAAAUUAAACAUUUUUUUGGAUAAAGGGGAGAUGUUCUAUAUAUUUUUAGCCAUUUUAUAACAAUCAAAGAAAACCCAAAAGGGUUGAAUUUCUGAAAUUUAAAUUGUUAUUCCUCUCAAUUUUUUUCUUGAAAAAAAAUGAGAGGAAUAUCUGAUAAUGUUCAUGGAGUAAUAUUAGCAUUAUCAUCAAGUAUAUUCAUUGGUGCAAGUUUUAUUAUUAAGAAAAAAGGCCUUAAAAAGGCUAGUGCAACUGGAGGAACAAGGGCAGGUUCAGGCGGCCAUGCGUAUCUGCUGGAACCAAUGUGGUGGGCUGGGAUGUUAACUAUGAUUAUCGGAGAGGGGGCUAACUUUGCUGCUUAUGCAUAUGCGCCAGCGAUUCUUGUGACUCCUCUUGGGGCUUUAAGCAUAAUUGUGAGCGCAGUGUUAGCCCAUUUUAUUUUAAAAGAGAGAUUGCAUAUAUUUGGUAUCGUUGGUUGUGUCCUCUGCUUGGUCGGCUCUGUUAGUAUCGUCUUACAUGCUCCGUUGGAAAAGAAAAUUGAAUCUGUCAUGGAGGUUUGGCACCUAGCAACGGAACCAGGAUUCAUUGUAUACACUUGUGUAGUCGUAGUGGUGGUACUUGUCCUUAUUUUCCGGUAUGUGCCUAAACUCGGGCAGAGGUAUUUGGUCAUUUACAUCGGAAUCUGUUCACUCACGGGGUCUCUCACGGUCAUGGGUGUGAAAGCAGUCGGAAUCGCUCUUAAGCUCUCAUUCGAAGGAAAGAAUCAAUUCAAAUAUUAUCAGACAUGGUUAUUUACUGUGUUUGUUAUCGUCUUUUGCCUUCUGCAGCUGAACUAUUUGAACAAGGCACUUGAAACAUUUAACACUGCUGUGGUUUCUCCAGUUUACUAUGUCAUGUUUACAACACUAACCAUUCUUGCCAGCAUGAUAAUGUUUAAGGACUAUGAUCAUCAGACAGCAACACAGAUAAUAACAGCACUAUGUGGCUUUAUAACUAUCCUAGGUGGUACUUUUCUCCUUCACAAAACAAAGGAUAUGGGAAAUAAUCCAUCAACAAAUGCCAUUCUCCUUCCAAAAAACAACAAGGACAUAGAAAGUAGUAAGCCGACGAACGAGAAACCGAAAGAAACUGUUGAGGUUUGAAGAAAUUCCACAAGGAUUGUGUACUGGUUGGAGAAAACAAUAGGAUUGUACUUGAAGCUGGACAAAAAAGGCAAUGUUUUUUGAUAGUUUAUUGGGGAUGCUUCUUCCUGUGUGUUACAUUUAAACUUUGAAUCAUACUGAACAUUGCUUCUUUUGAAUGAUGAUGCAUACUGAUGUUGUGAGAAGAAAGAAAGGUGGAUGUGAAAAUCUUCUUGCUGACAAUUUCAUUGUGUAUGUAGGACAUGAGUUACAAUAUGUAUUGAAAUAUUAUUAGUUAA